AUGAAGAGGACUACACCACCUGUAAGUGAAGACACUGGGAAUUUACACACCCAAGAAGGAUCAAGUGAAGGAUCUUUAAGCUUAGAAGAAUUGUUCCACGAAAGUAAUGUUUCCCCUAGUGCUGACCAAGGGGAGAUUUCCCAAGAAGAAGAAGAAGAACCUGUUGUUCCUGAAGAGACUCCGAGUAGUCAAAGUGUUCCUGAAGACAGUAGUGAAACUACAGUAGCUGAGUUAGCACAUAUUGAAAGUUUAACCCUUGAAGUACAGGAGCGACUUAAGGAGGCAGAAGAAAGACCUAAGGAGGAGCAGACGCUGGAACAGGAGAAGGAAGAAGAAAACGAUUCGAAUAAAGUUCAUGAAGAGGAGGCGGAAUUCGCGGACAAUAGAGGAUAUUCUCAGGAGGAAAACGGAGAAGUAGAUCAAGAGAAUGAUGACAGUCACAAAAAUCAAUAA